AUGACAAGAAGAGAACCACUACAAGGAUCUAAAAGAAAAUUAUACAAAUAUUAUGUGAACAAAACUAUAAGAAAAUACUGGUAUAUGAUUGAACAGGAUCCGGAACUUAAAGAAAUUGCAGAAAGAGAACCAAUAAUCACAUAUAGACAAAACAAAACUAUUCAGGAUUAUAUUAACAAGAAAAACAACAUAAAAAGAGGCUAUCUACAUGAGAUACGCAAGUUGAUCACUUGUAAAUCUACCUGUAUCUCAGGCUUGAAGCAAUCAAACUCCAAUCGGACGCGACUGAGCAAGGUUGCUAUACACCUCAGCACAUUUCUUCGAGAAUUAUCCGGAAGGAUUAUUAUAAAGAUGUUUUUGGGAUUCUUCACUUUCUUUUCUAUGGCUGUAUUUGUACAAGGUGAAACAAAAUGCUACGAGAAUUUAGGCUGCUUCUCCAACGAUUACCCGUAUAAGUCAGUGACUCGGCCGGUCUCCAUCUUUCCACAAUCUCCGGAGUCAAUAAACACCCAGUUCUUUCUGUUCACGCAACAAAACACAGACCAAUAUCAGGUCGUCAGCGCUAAAAAUCUCUCCUCCAUUGAACAAUCGAAUUUUGACGGCAGCAGAAACUCUGUGUUCAUCGUCCACGGAUACAGCGAUAGCGGCAGUGAACCCUGGCCUAUGGAAAUGAGUCAGACAAUUGUAAGAAGGGAGAAUGUCAACUGCUUCAAUGUGGACUGGAGCGGAGGAUCCAGCGCAAACUAUUUCCAGGCAAUGAACAACGUCCAGGUUGUUGGGGCAGAAAUUGCCAAUUUUAUCAACACUCUUAUGAAACAUUUUAACUCUUCUCUGUCUGGAAUACACAUGAUCGGUCACAGUCUCGGGGUCCACGCGGUUGGCGAAGCUGGAAAAAGGCGACCGGGGAUUGGGAAAAUAACUUGUCUGGAUGCAGCUCGUCCUGGAUUUGAAGGAGAAUCUAAUGAAGUCACAAUUGAUCCUUCCGAUGCCGAUUUUGUUGUGGCCAUUCACACAGAUGCAGGUGUGAUCGGGCUCGGGAUGACAACAUUAAUUGGUGACAUAGAUUUAUUCCCAAAUGGAGGAAAGCAAAUGACAGGAUGUGCUGGGAGCCAGAUCAUGGACUUAGGGGAAUCUGAGGACUUUGGAGACGGUAACUACACAAAAUAUGACCUAUUAAUUGUGUCCUUAAGGGGACAGUCUUAUGACCACCAUAUACAAGACACAGUUUUUCGAGAUGUUGCUUUGUGUAGUCACGUUGCCGCCUACCGCAUCUUCACAUCAUCCAUCCGCAAUCCUGAGGGCUUUAUGGGUUACUGCGCCUCCACCUACAGCUCAUUCCAGGAGGGCGCUGGAUUCCCCUGUUCCGGUGGCAGCUGCUCCGUAAUGGGCUACUACACCAAACCACCCGGAGAUACGUCAUCCUGCCGGACGUACUACCUGAACACCGGACCGCGACACAAUUAUGAGCGCUGGAGAUACAAUGUGGCUGUGCAGACCAGAGGCACCUACAACUUCAUAGGAUCUAUCACCAUCACUAUGUACAACUCUUCUGAUUCCUCCGAUGAGCACAAAAUACACAGUGGAUCUAUAAAAGGCGGCAUGUCGUACUCCGCGUUUAUUGAUGGCCGCUUCCCUCCACCUAUUGCCCGGGUAACUUUUAGCUAUCCAAAAAUUCUUACUGUAUUAAGUCCAAACCUGUGGGCCGAGUCUGUGACAGUGACGCUGGGGAAUGAUGGAGCUGAGUACACGUUCUGUAGUGAUGAAACUACAAAAGAAAACAACCCCCAGACGCUGACCCCGUGUCCAUAACCCACCCACAUGUCAGAGAGGUGGGCACCACCAAUAAAGUCACAGAAUAAGAACUCA